CCCUCCCUCCCAUCCUCAGCACCUCACUUCCUGCCCGACCACAGAGCCCACUGGCAGGAGUAUAGGGUCCUGUAUCUCCGCACACCACCAACGCCGAACUCCCCAUCGUCCUCUCAUGCCAUGAGCACACCCAAGAUCACGCUCGAAUCCAUCUCUCUCGGAGCCUCGUAUGAGCCUGUCUCGAGCCGGUCCGGCGACGAGUACCUCCCUGCGAUCCCGGCCUUGGGAGCACCGCCAUCCCUAUCGGCAACAUCACCAACCCCGACCUCGUCCCCGCCGCUGUCGCCCUCGGCGCUGUCGUCAUCAUCGCCCGUUGCCAACAUUGAAAAUACCCUAGUGGAGCACAGCAACGGAGCUAGCACUGGCGAGCGACUGGAGCGAAGCAUCGAAUCUCAUCUGCGACUGGACGAGCGCACUUUCAAGGACCUCGCCAUUUUUGAAGAGCGGCUAAGAAUGAACAUGGAGCGCUUCAACAGUUCCCGGCGCAGAUGGGAAGCGGCAUUUUGCAUGGUCAUCCUGGCCCUAUUCUUCUUUGCGUAUAUGCUAUGGUCCGAUAAGACAGUCGACGAAGAGGGGCGAACGAGGCCCAACCUCCUUUUCUUUGGUGGCUUUAUCUUCUUUGCGGGCGUGCUGCUCUGGUUUAUUGCGAGUGGCACAUACACCGAGAAGGUGAUCAAGCCAGCAAAGUACAUUGUGCAAGCCAAUCGAGCCCUGAAGCCUUUCAACAUGGAGCUUGGCCGGGAGCGACCAAACGAACUCAGCUUCUAUAGCCGGAUACCGCGCAAGUUCCAGGACGAGUUUUUCACCUACCGAAACCUCCACAGGCAAAAGCGUGCCCGCAGUAUCGAGAAACAAAGGCUGAGGAAGCAGCAGCAGAAGGCUGGGCUUGCAACUGGCUCGCCAUCGGCCGGCGGUCUCGGGUCCAAUGCCACCAGCGGCGGCCGCAUCAAAUCGACAUCGCCGGGAGACUCCAACAAGUCCGUGCGGAAAAUGAGCUUGCAAUCCAGCACGCUUGUCCCCGGUGCCCCAGAUGACGGUUCGCUGCAGAAGGGAUCUGCCCUGUGGAAGCUGAAGAAGAACUCUUGAUGGAUACACCGCGGUCCCUGUAGAGGUUGUCCUUGUCGCCGAC